AUGCUGGAUCUAUACACAGCUGUGUUUGGGCUUUUGAUUCUUCUGCCCCUGCUGGGCAAAUAUUUCUUCCCCUAUUUUUGGUUAGAUCUGAAAAACAUUAUUGCCUGCAUACACAUGGGAUAUCAAUGCCACAGUUACAUGCAGCGCACUGCCCCUUUCACUGUAUUAGAAAUAUUUUUGGCCAGAGUUAAGAAGUAUUCAGACAAAUCCUUGAUUAUCUUUGAAGAUGAGGUUUAUUCCUACCGAGACAUUGAUAGACACAGCAACCAGAUAGCCAGAGUACUGAAGGACUAUGUGGGGCUGAAAGAAGAGGAGACCAUGGCUAUUUUCUUCAAAAACAUUCCUGCCUAUCUCUCAGUUUUGAUUGGCUUAUCAAAGAUUGGCUGUCCCAUGGCAUGUGUCAACUAUAAUUUACGACUCAAAUCUCUGAUACAUGUGCUGAAGUCUUGCAAGGCUAAAAUUCUUCUAACAACUCCAGAUUUAAAAGAUGCCAUUGAAGAUGUCCUGCCUACUUUAAAUGAUGAAGGGAUACGUGUUUUCUAUCUGAGUGAUGAUUCCCCAACUGAAGGUGUAGAGGCACUGCUCAAACGGAUCAAAUUAAGCUCUGCUGAAUCAGUGCCCUUUUCCCUCAGAGCCCAUGUAACCCCUAAAUCUACAUGCCUAUAUAUUUUCACCUCUGGUACCACAGGACUCCCCAAAGCUGCUGUCAUUUCCCAGAAGAAAGCAUUAAUGGGGUCGUACCUGUUUUACUUGACCGGUGUCCAUAACAAGGAUGUUAUUUAUACUCCACUCCCACUGUAUCACUCAGCUGGAAUCCUUGGGCUUCUGGGGACCAUAAAAGUGGGGGCUACAUGUGUUCUGAGAUCUAAGUUCUCUGUUUCUCAUUACUGGGAUGACUGCAGGCGUUACCGUGUCACUGUGAUCCAGUAUGUAGGAGAACUGAUGCGCUACUUGUGUAAUGCACCAAAGAGAGACAAUGACCGUGACCAUAGGGUGCGAGCAGCCAUUGGCAAUGGAUUACGAACAGAGAUUUGGAAUGAGUUCCUGAAUCGAUUUGGACCCAUCAAAAUCUACGAAGUUUAUGGAGCUACUGAAGGAAUUGCUGGAUUCAUUAAUUAUGUAGGAAAAGUUGGAGCAGUGGGAAAGACCAAUUUCUUCAUUAAGAAACUAUUUAACUAUAAACUUGUGCAAUAUGAUGUGGAUGCAGAUCAGCCUGUGAGAGAUGAGAAGGGGUUCUGUAUCCCAGUAGCUACAGGACAGGGAGGUUUAAUGGUAAUACAGAUAAGUAAGGCACUCCCGUUUGAAGGUUAUGCAGGAGAUUAUAAAAACACAGAGAAGAAAAUUCUCCGUAAUGUGCAGAAGAAAGGAGACAGUUAUUUUAAUACUGGAGAUCUUUUGAUGGAAGACCAUGAAGGUUUUAUCUAUUUCAAGGAUCGUGUAGGAGAUUCUUUCCGCUGGAAAGGGGAGAACGUGGCCACUACUGAGGUUGAGAUGACAUUGGCAAGUUUGGAUAUCACUGAGGAAGUCAAUGUAUAUGGAGUACCAGUGCCAGGGCAUGAAGGAAAGAUUGGGAUGGCAGCCAUGCGGCUGAAGGAUGGGUGCCCCUUUGAUGGAAAGAAGUUGUUCAUACAUACCAAGGAUUAUCUGCCCAGCUACGCCAUACCCCGCUUCAUCCGUAUCCAGGAGAAGCUAGAGAUCACAGGAACUUUCAAGCAGCGCAAAGGUCAGUUGGUGAAGGAUGGAUUCAAUCCUGCCAACAUCAACGAUCCCUUCUUCUUCCUGGAUGACUCAGAAAAGAACUACAUACCCAUGACUGAGGAGAUCUACUGCUCCAUUUUAGAAAAGAAAAGAAAACUCUGAAAGAAGGUUUAAAGAGGAGCAUAGCAGUGUUUCCUGAACAGCUUUGAAAGUGCAGCCAUUCAUGUUUUGAUUUUGCUCAAGAAGGAAAGAUUUAUGGCCAGAAUAUUAUUGCUUCUUAAUUUGUGUGUUCUUGAGAUGUCUGUU